CGUAUUAAAUAGAAAAUCUUACAGGACAAAAUGACACCCUGUUUGCUAACUCAAUUUUUGUUGUUAUUAGAACGUGCACACAAUAUUAUUUUGCUUUAUCUUCCAAUUAUACCUUAUCUUUGUAUUCGCAUCCCGUGUUUACUUUUUUUUCUUAACACAGAUUGACAUUUGUAUUCCAGUUUUAGUAAAAGCUAAGAUUGUUUUUUUAAAUUUUUUCUUCUUAAUAAGUAAAUAUUAAUUGCUGACGAAAAAGAAACUCUCGCGGAUAAAAAUACACAAUGGCAGAUGAUACGAACGAAGAUAGUUGGUUGUAUGGCACAUCAAAUCCCGAUUCGACAACAAAUGAAGAAGAACGUGCUGGCGAAACAGUAGCUACUGCUGCCUCGGUGAUUGGUAAGGCAGAGAACGAGGCUUUAGCUGCCGUCCAAGGUGGCGAUGUUAGUAAUGACAAUGUGGAUAAUGAGCAAGAUCAAGAGGAAGAAGAGGCGGAUAUGGCUGAAUUUGAAGAUCCUGCUCAUGAAAUGGAGGAAGAUGAAGAAGCAGUGGCCGCUACUACCGCUACUACUACUACUACUGAUGAAGUGAAAGCGGAGGAGGAUCAAGAAAAAACAGGCGCCGGCUCGGAUGAUGAUGUGGAUGAUGAUGAUGAUUCAGAUGAUGAUAUUAAUGUAGUCAUCGGUGACACUAAAGCUGCUGCUAGCACUUAUAAUAUCAAGCAACGUUCUAAUUUAUUGGCUGGUCCACCUGGUCAAGAGAAAACUAAACCCGUCCCUCAAGGCGGUAAAUUUUCAAUGGAAGAUUUUGAAGGCGUUGGCUCUAUAAAUGGUGUUGCAGCGCAUGAGUUUAGUAUAGAUUCACUAGAAGAGAAGCCUUGGCGAAAACCCGGAGCUGAUAUAACAGAUUAUUUUAAUUAUGGCUUUAAUGAGGAAACAUGGCGAGCUUAUUGUGAAAGACAAAAACGAUUUCGCGUUGUGGAAAGUGGUGUUGGUUUGGCAAGUUUAACUCAAAAUCUUAAUCCACUGCCCGACAGACAACAAUUAUUGCAAGAGCCACCACCCGUCGGACUGCAGCAAAGCAUUAUACAGCAGGGAUCUGCACCACCAGGUCCUUUAAACGAGCAUAUCCCAAUGCCACUGCCAAGUUUAAUGCCUCCGCCCAGUCCACAUCAAGGACCUCCGUCUAGGUUUGGUAUAAUGCCUCGUGUUCCCAGACCUAUUAGUACAACUAGCACAAAAGAGAAUGCUAUUCAGGUAAUGACUGCUGAAUGCCGCGAAUAUUCACGACCGGGGCAAAUGCCACUGAAUUUUAAUGGCCCUGGCCCGGCAGAUGAUCCUUUUUAUCAAGAGCCCGAUCCAUUUGAUUAUGGCUAUGAACCCACUCAAGAAUCACAGUGGGGCAACGAAAAUCCUAAUUGGGUUCCCACUGGCAUAAAAGAGCUAACCCCUGGUCCCAACGUUAUACCGCCACCGCAAAUGUCAGGACCACCGGGUGUUCCGCCGAAUCAAAUGAAUGUUACUCCUACGCAAAUGAGUGGUCCCCCUCCACAGAUGCGUCCACCACAUCCGCAAGCAAUGAUGCCAAACAUGGUCAUGCCCAAUAUGAAUAUGGGCCCACCGCCUCCGAUGGGAAUGAUGAUGGGUCCAGGAAAUGGUCCGCCUAUGCGAAUGCCUCCUAUGGGUCCGCCACGUCUUAUGGCUCCUAACGGUCCUCCGGAUAGAGCAGAAGAAGAAAGAGAUAGACGUCGUCGUGAAAGAGAUUGGGAACGCGAAAAAGAACGGGAACGUGAAAGUCUAAGGUCAAGACGUGAACGUUCGAGAAGCCGUGAGAAAUCUCGGAGGCGGUCCAAAUCGAGAGAGAAAGAAAGGGACAAAGAUAGAGACAAGGAACGGAAUGAUAAAGAUAGAGAACGUGAGCGCGAACGGGAUAGAGAUAGAGAUCGAGAACGCGAGAGAGAUAGAGAUAGAAAUGAGAAAAUUGAUGACAAUGAGCGCUCUGAAGAAGAGAGGGAACGACGACGAAGAGAACGUGAUCGUGAAAGAGAAAGAGAGAGAGAAAGAUCAAGACGCGAGCGUUCUAGAAGUCGCGAGAAAUCACGGCGUCGUUCAAAAUCGCGUGAAAAAGAACGUGAACGCUCUAGUAAGACGACAUCAUCAUCUUCUAGUCGGAGUGAUAAGAAAAAAUCGCAUCGUAAAGAAGACGAAGAAUAAAGUUAGUGUAUAUAAACAUUUGAAAUAAAGUAAGAACUUCGUUCAAAAACGUAGGAAAGCAUAAAAUAUAUGAGAUUGCACAAAAUAUAAAUAUAUAAAUGUUUUUAAAAAGUGUACUAUACAGUGAGCUGAUAAAGUGGAUGUGAAAAAAAGAAACGCCAGGAAAAGUUUUUGUUUAUUCAAAAAUAUAGAAAAUGCUAUGGAAAGUUGGCAAUGCAAGAUCAUGUCAUUUUUAGCAUUUUUCUAAAUUGUACUUGAUAAAAGCAGGGUGCAAAACAAGUCGAGCUAAAAAUACCAUUUCCUGCCGUAAAGCAACUAUUAAACAAGACGGAGGCAUGAAAAUAUCGAAAUUUGUUUUUACCUUCCAGCUCAUCAUUUUACACACAGAAUAAUAGAGAAAAAGUUU